AUGAAGUACGAGCGCCGAUCUCAUCGAGAGUUCGCAUGGGCGGUAUCAAGCGACAGUCGAGGUUGUAACGCAUAUCCCCCAGAACUGAUCUCUGCAGAAACAUUGACUCAUGUCAAUUUCGCCUUUGCUCUCAUUUCGGAAGAUUUUCUCUUGCAAGAAAUGACCGUCAACGAUAAUAUCUUAUGGUUGCGAACUACUGCGUUGAAGCAAAAAAAUCCUGCCCUGAAGGUCUUCCUGUCGGUGGGUGGAUGGAGCUUUAACGAUCCACCGACACAACACAUUUUCAGCAAUCUUGCUGGAAGUCUGCAGGCUACCAAUACUUUUAUUGAGAAUGCUCUGGCGGUUAUGCAGGCUUAUGGCUUUGAUGGUAUUGAUAUUGAUUGGGAAUAUCCUGUAGCUCCUGAGCGCGGUGGGGUGCCUGCUGACAAGGAAAACUUCCCGCUCUUCAUGUCGAGAGUCAAAGCAGCUUUUAAGCCUCGUGGUUAUGGUCUAACAUUUACCGCUCCUUCGAGUUAUUGGUAUCUCCAACAUUUUGACCUUCCAGCACUCCUACAAUCGGCUGAUUGGGUCAACAUCAUGACUUAUGACCUUCAUGGUACAUGGGAUAGCACUGAUCCUUACAUCGGGCCAUUUGUCCUUGCCCACACAAAUUUAACUGAAAUCAAAGAUACAAUGCAACUGUUCCGUAACGUUGGCGUCGAUCCUUCGCAGAUGGUUAUGGGAAUUGGCUUUUACGGGCGCUCAUUCACUUUGGUUGACGGGCAAUGCAAUACACCUGGCUGCGCGUUUUCUGGUGGUGGCGAUCCAGGAGAGUGUUCGCUGAGUUCCGGCACUCUGAUGUUCUCGGAAAUCGAGAAGCUGUUGGAUGGAGCGAAUAGUAUCAUCCCUGUAUUUGAUCAGGAAGCGGCUGUUAAGUAUAUUACAUGGAAUGACAAUCAAUGGGUAUCCUACGACGAUGCUCAGACGUUGCAAAUGAAGCUCAACUACGCAAAUAGCAUUUGCCUGGGAGGUACAAUGAUAUGGUCGGUAGAUCAGGACGACAGCAAUUACAGCGCUCUUAGCGGCCUGUAUCCAGACAUAGAUAUCAAUAAACCGUCGUCGGUCGAAUCUGGAAAUCAAUGUCAAGUUACAGGAUGUGGUCAACAAUGUCCCCCUAAAUAUGACUCGCUUACCACGUUGACUCAAAUACCCAAUGGAGGUUCGUGUCCUAAAAAUAACCCGGCGCGUCUUUGCUGCCCAAAAGGCAACGAACCACAAAAUUGUUCUUGGCGUGGAGGUGGUGGAACUAGCUGUAAUGCGCAAUGCAAUGUCGGCGAAGUUGUUCUUGCUUUAGAUGAAACUGGAGAUGAUGGACAUCCUACAUGCAUCCAAGGAUACAAGGCAUUCUGUUGUUCUUCAGGAGAUCCGCAGCCUGGUGCAUGCUUUGGCGGGUCUUGUUUUGCAAGUUCAUGUGCCUCUCCAUAUGUUGUAGAAACCCACGUCAAACAGGGUAGCGCCGACAACGGAAUCUCUUGCGAAUCACAAAAUGGGGCCGUCUGCCCGGAAAUUUGUCAAUCAAAUACGAAGCCUGUGUGUUGUAAUUGUAAGGUUCUCUUCCUAAUGACGCACAUUGUGUGUAUCUCAUGCCUGGUUCAUUUAGCUGGCUACACCAAUUGUCGAUGGGUUGGAGAUCCACCUAAUUGUUUGAAUGCAGUGUGUAGUGCCGGGCAAGUGGCAAUAUUCAGCGAUAUGCAAGGAGAUGCCAGCACACAAUGUGUUGGAAAAAACAAGCGUUUUUACUGUUGUGAUCCUCCUGCUGGAACGUCAUUCCUCCCCGUUCCUCUAAGUUAUGUUUUCCCUGCUACUGGGAAUGGCUUCAAUAUCGAUCAACCUGCGACGUUUACUGCCGAUUUUGAUGACAACACUGGGACAUCGGACACAUCUUCAAGAGGCGCUGGAUCUAGCGGAAUCGACGACGAUGGCGAUGAAAAUGACUCCGCGUUUGGAGAGGUCUUUAUCUCCUCGCCGAACCCUGGUUCCGUCAGCUCAAUGGACAUAGCGUCUGACUGGGUGAUUACAGACUGCUCACCUACGAGUGACAAGCCACAGACAGUCCUUGCCUAUUGUUCAAAAGGCAUGGAAGACGAGGACUCGGGAUGUGGUCAUGUUUUCAUCGCCCAAGCAGAACACACAUUAAUCCGAAUGCCCAAGUCCUGUGGUUUGGGUCCUUAUGCUCGUGUUGUUUCACUGACGGAGCAUCCUGAUCAAAAUUCGCUUCCACAAGAGCACCAGAUGCGGAAACGUUCGACCGAAAAAGUUUAUUCUCUGUCCUUCGAUUAUAAUUUCCUUGCCGUCCCCGAUUCGAAUGGUCCUAUUUUGGACGCCAUCAUCGACAGUCCUCCUGAUUCAGGGACCACGACCACUAAACGGAGGCGCGACUUCCACCAACCUUCGGAAUACAAUAAACGCUGGUUUGGGCCCUUUGACUCGUGGCUGCAAAGGCUCAAUACAGUCCGUUCCGGUGACACAGUCAGUCGAAAUUAUCAUUGGUCGGACACCUAUACCAUCUUCCACGCAGAACAACAAUGUCCCAAUUUCUCGUCUAGUCUUGAUAUCAGUGUCACGGGCACUGCUCAAAUUACAAGUCAAUUUGGAUAUUACCUUGAAGCAACCAUCGUUCCUCCCGCAAUUCAGCAGGCCUAUGUAUUCUUUGAUGCUGGUGCUGGUGCCCAAGCAUCGUUCACGAUAACUGGACUUGCCGAAGCGCAUUACGGUAGUGGCAGAAGAGAAUUGGCCACAUUCGGAUUUCCAGGUCUAUAUUAUCCUGGAUUAUUGACCCUUGGACCGUCGCUUCACCUCUACGGAGAACUUGUUGGGCAACUCAGUUUAUCUGGCCGUUACACUGCGACUAUUGGAUAUACUUUCCCACCUAUAAGCUAUGCUUUUGGUUUAGCUGACGAUAACCCGGAUGAGGAAGAUCCAUCUGGCGCCGUUGGGUCCAACAGUAAUAACGUGGGGUACGAUUUCUCGAUUGGAUAUAACGUAAAUUUGGAUGGAAAUCUGGAAGCACAUAUUAUACCAUCGUUGCAACUCGGAAUCAACGUGUUAGGAGGUUCUCUUAUUGACGCGGAAAUAUUUGCUGAAGCCGACAUGUAUGCCGGUGUGUCCAUAUCUGGAAGUGUAAGCCAAAGUUCAGCACCCCAGUUUUGUAUCAAUCCACAUUACGGGGUCAAUCUCAACGCGGGGUUGACAGGAUCGGUGUUGUUUUGGAGGCCGAAUCCGCUUGUCACAAAUUUCUUCUCCGCCGACUACCCUUUCGGUGGAUCAUGUUUCGGUUCAGUUAACCAAGGCUCGGGAUCAGGCAAUAGCAGACGAGGCAUUGCCGAACCAUUUUAUACAUAUGAAGCGCAUGGGUCGGGCCAACUUGGAUCUAACAUUUCUUUGAAUCAUGAUUUCGAUAUCCCAGCCUAUUCCGUGCUGGAAAAAAGGUCCUCGGCCUCCAAGAAAAUUUGGAAGAACGACGCUGUAAUUCAACAACCAACAACAUCCCAGAUCCCCAAUUAUCCCAGCAAAAAUGCAACUGAGGUCUUGGAUCGUCGAGCGAUACCAUUUUUGCCCGGAUUUUUGACCUGCCCUACUGUUGGUAACGAGAUAUCAGGCCCCAGUGGUUCAAUCGAUUGUUUGUGCUACUCUGACAACAACCUUGACCUAAACGGUGCAACAGGCCAAUACGCCGAUAUUCUAGCAAGAGAGUUCAAUGACAUACCCGCCAACCUUUCGGCGACGUACGAAGAAAGGAUGAUUCGAGACUUCAGCAAUGCGACUACUACUUCUGAUGACGACGAGCAGGAUAUCCAUAUAUUCAGACGUGCUGGAGGCUUCUCCACCAUGGGAACGUGUCCAGCAUAUUUUUUGGACAUGUCUGGAUAUUCAAGUACAUCUAUUGGAACAUUCUUUGACGUCAAACCCGUGGACCAAUUGAAUCCAACUCUUGGGACGUACAAUCCGUGGCCUCCAAACAUCAAUGUGGAUGCUAAUGGUCAGCCUAUACUUACUUCUGCUGAAACCAAUGGCGCAAUCUUUGCUAGAGAACAUGUCUAUGAAGUCAGCAUGGCUGCUCUGUUUAUUGAUCAUCUUCAACAAUUUACCGAUCUUUGGAAAAACAGCGCGCAGGGCGGAUUAUCUUGGUGUAAAUGGGUUCAGCAAUAUUUGAGAUCAGGUUCAAAUUCACUCUUCGAGCAAGUGCAGAAUUGCUAUCCUGGUGAGAAAUUUGUAUUAACUCCUUUAUUUUUUUUCUUAUAUUGGGUAAUGGUAGGUGGUUCGAAUGGGGCUACAUCCAUGGUGAUGUUGGAACAACAAGCAAAUGUUUUCAAAAAUUACGCAUUCUAUGAUACAGAAAGAAAACUAGUACCCGGAAACGGGAACACUAUCCGCCUUGUAGACCCGACAAAAUGGGCAAGUAUGUGUCCUACGAAACAGGUUGCGCGACUUCGUGCAGCCGCAGGUCUUCCGUCAUACUUGAACAAUUUCAGUGUGCAAAGGAAUUUCAAAGCUGACAACACGUGCAUUCGGAAUGCCUGGGUCAAUUGGUAUAACGCAUAUCUGCAAAACCCCAAUGCUAACACCAAUCCCGGGAACGUGAAUAUUCCUCAGAUAUAUGACAACUUUGUAUACAACAUUUUAGCAGGCGUUGUGCCGUACCUCCAGAGCCAAAUCACAACCUUGAUCCAAUCUUUCAAUCCUGGAAAACCUGAUACGGAUACUGUAGACGUCAGACUCUCAUUUGCCAUAGAGCUUGAUUUCUGGACGGAUCAUUUGAACGGCGAUCCCAACACACAAUGGGAUACCACUCUUGCGCCGAAGGCCGACGUGCAAAUUUCGCGGGCUCAGCUCACCACUUCAAUCCUAAAUGCCAUGCCUAGUAUAACAUGGUUGAAUACUAUGCCCACUCAUUGA